AUGACGUCCUCUGAGAAAACAACAGAGCCAGGGGAUGUUGACAAGCUGGCUCGGCAGCAACGUGUAGGGCGGUACAAAGCCUGGCUUCUUCAAAAGCGGCUGGCGGAGCUGAGUGCGCAAGUAGAGGCCGCAGUCCUAGAGGCGCGACAGCUAAUCUCAUGGAAGCAGAGUUACCAGCCUCUUAACGUGGCGGACCUCACAGACGACGACAAGCGAAUUUUGGAACACAACCACAGAAUCAGGCUUGCAGAGGUCGUGCAGAAGCAUUGCUCUACGGCGCUUAAAAGCAUAACCCAGCACAAGUGGGCCUUCCCGUUCAACAAUCCUGUGGACACGGCGCGCUUCCCCGACUAUCCCAAGAUCAUUUCUUCGCCCAUGGACUUCUCAACCAUUAAGGCGCGCCAGGACGGCGGCUACUACCGUGACCCUAAAGACUGGUGGAGUGACGUCAUGCUGGUGUUCUCAAAUGCCAAGCGGUACAACGCGCCCGGCAGCGACUGCUACCUCAUGGCGCAGACGCUGCAGGAGGUGAGCGAGGAGAAGUACGACAAGGUGAUUGCACCUCGGCUCGCGGAGGCGGAGGCGGUUACACUGCGGGAGGAGGUCCACUUGAAGAAGAAGCGCGCUGAGCUGGUCAACCAGCAGAUCAGCGAGGCGAUGGACGCGCAGUGCGCUGUGCUGUUCAACCUCAUGGCGGAGCUGCAUGCGGCCAUUCGGGAGGCCAAGUCGUUGGCUUCGUCGCUGUGUGAGCCGCUGACGCUGGAGGAGAAGCAGGCGCUGGCUGCCACAAUACAGGGCCUCCCCACAGCCCAGCUGGAAGCCAUCGUUGCCUUCGUAGCCAGCCGCCAUCCGCCCAGUGUCAGCACCUGCGAGGUGCAGCCAGGCGCCGCAGGUGGCGUCCCCAGCCGCAAGGUCCAAUUGAACUUGGGACGAUAUGAUCCAUUGCUACUGCGGCAGCUACAGCACUUGGUUAGUACCUGCACAGCGGCGAGGCAGCAGAACCAGAACCAGCAUCAGCUGCCGGGACAGCUACAGCCGCCGCAGCGGCCGCAGCAGCAGCAGCAGCAGAAAAAGGUGGCGAGUCCGCCGGUGAUGGCGGCAACCGGGCCUCGUGUAGGGUCAGCAGUAGCAGCAGCGAGCGCUGCGUCGAAUGCGGGCUCGGGGGCGGCCGCGGCGGCGGGGGUUGCUGCUGCAGCAGGAACGACGGCAGCCAGUCCGCCGGCCUCUGUCGUGCAGUCUCACGGUGUUGGCGCCGGGGGCACGGACGCGACCGCAGGGCAACAACAACAACAACAACAAGAACAACAGUUAGGAAAACCGUUGCCGCCGACAACGGCAGCAGCAGGCGCACCAGCACCAGCCGGGGCGACUGGGACUCAGCUGCCGGCUGAGCCGCAGGCCGCUGCGCCGGCGGCGGCACCAACCGCAACCCCCGUCAGCAGCACCCAACGCAAUAUCGCGGACGUGGUGACGAACGCCACCGCCAGCGGCAUCUCCGUGCGGGCGGGCAUUAAGUGGCCCGGCCUUGCUGUGGGAGCAGGUGUCCGGCCUCGUGCCCGUGCUCUGCUGUCCCUUCACCUGGACGGACCCUCGUCGGCCGGGGAGAUGCUGGCGGCCUGCCCUCUGCCUCGGCCCGUACUGCCGUUGCCAUCCCAGCGGGGACCAGGUCGCCUGGCUGGAGUCAAGCGACGAGCCGCCCAGGUGCUG